CUUCACAAGACACAAUGCAGCAUUUCCCUCAGAGAUUUAAUCCAGUUACUCUGUGAAUUUUUUAUCCACAAAGGUGUGAUUUUGUCUACCAACCAGUACCAACAAAUUAUUUAGUAGAAAAAUGAGAGAGCUGUUUUUUCCAACUACGAGGGCAAAAUAUUCUGCAAUCUUCUGCUGUCUGCUGUUGGUUAUGAUCUUUAAGAAAUGCUAACGUGAUGCCGAAACUACCAAUGACUAGUAAACCAGAAGCAAGAUGCAACAUUAAUUUGGAUGACACACUUAAUUUCGGGGCCAGACCAUUGGUUCAGACAUUCACAUCCUGGAAAGCUCCUAUCAUCUGGGAGGAGAUGUUUGACUCCAUUCUUUAUGACCAAGGGCACACUGACAAAAAUUCAUCUGUGGCUCUUACUGUGUUUGCUGUGGGAAGGUACCUGGAUGCCUACCUCAAGACUUUCCUCACCUCAGCAGAACAACAUUUUAUGUUGGGAUUACCAGUGACGUAUUACGUGUUCACAGAUUCACCAGAGAAAGUACCAAACAUCACACUCGCUUCUCGGCGAAACAUAAACAUUGUCCAAGUGGAAAAGCACACGAGGUGGCAGGACAUCUCUAUGAUGCGAAUGAGAACAAUAUCAGAAACAAUAGAGUCAGAGAUUCGUCACAAAUUUCAUUAUGUCUUCUGUUUUGAUGUGGAUCAGGAGUUCAAGGGGAGAUUUGGGUCUGAGGCACUGGGUGAUUCUGUGGCAUUGCUCCAUGCCCACUAUUAUAAAUUACCAAAAGCCCAGUUCACCUACGACAGAAACCCCAAAUCUAAAGCCUUCAUGGAAACUGGAGAUUUCUACUACCAUGCUGCUAUCUUUGGAGGACUGUGGCAAAAUGUAAAGCAUUUGGUUGAUGCCUGUUAUCUGGGCAUCAUAGAGGAUAAACUAAAUAAUGUGGAAGCUCUGUGGCACGAUGAGAGCCAUCUAAACAAGUACUUUUGGAUUCAUAAACCAAGCAAGCUGCUCUCUCCAGAGUACUGCUGGGACCAGAGCAUUUGGGACAAGCGUGAUAUACUUAUCACCCGUCUAGUGUGGGCACCAAAACAUUAUGAAACACUUCGUAGUGGGUAGAGUGGACAGGAAAUUAAAAUUAGAACCCCUAUGUGAGAGAAGUGCAAGCUUGUUGUUGAUUUUAUAUUGGGUUAUUAUCUGUUAAGUGGGCUAGUGGCUCUAUAGUAUAGUGGUUUACACAUUCACCAACCAGUGAAAGAUUUUCAGAUUCCUAAACAAAUAAAUAAAUAAAAUGAAUCUUCCAAAUUACUACAUUUGGAGCUACCCCCUAUGGUUGUCCCCCUACUACCACCUGCAGCCAAAAGUAGCUUUCAUGCAGAAAAGUGGGUUGGGAGAGCAACUCACCUUCUUUUUCUAAAGAUUAAACUCAGGAAAAUCUAAAUGCUCAGGCAUGAAAAACAAUAUUUAUUAUUUACAUCAGGCAUGUCAAACAUAAUGCUGACCCUGGCACCCAGACUUUUUCUAUUGAUAAAGACAUCUCCCACUGCUAUUGAUACUACACAAAGGAAAAAUAAUUGAUCAACAGUUAAAUGACCGAAAGGUUUCCAUGUUUCACUACCUAUUAUAGAAAUAUUUACUCAAACAUUUGUUUAGUCAAUGAGCUACCAGAACUUUUUUUCUUUUUGUACAUUUAUUAUGUAGAAAAACUUAUUAUUCAUUAGUAUUUUGACUUACAGUUAAAAUUGUGCAUCUUUUCUGUAUAUUAAGACUUCUCAGGGAACUGUAGUUAAAUGUCUGUAUAGUGAUAGAAACAGGAGUUUCCCUGGUCUGGUCCACAAGGUAAAACUGUGCUGUAUUUGGGGCAUGAUGUAAAAUAGGUUUGACAUCCCUGAUUUACAUAAACUGGCUUCAAGUAGCAUGUUGUAAAGCACUAUUGCCUCACAGAAUGAAGAUCCUGGGUUUAAAUCCUUUCUGUGUGGAGUUUGCAUGUUGUCUCCAUGGUUGCUUGGGCAGUGGCGUCCUAGCCUGUUUGGUGCCCUGGGCGAACACUCCCUCUGGCGCCCCCCCC